AUGGUUGCAAUUUCACAUAUUUCAAGUUUAUUAUUAGUUGGUCAAGAUCAAUAUAGAGGUUUAGGCUCACCACAACAAGCUGCAGUUGAUAACUACCUUAUUCCUAGAUUUCUUGGAGGUGCAAGUCCCUACACACAACAUCCUGGGUACGGUAUCAGUACAGAGACCCCUGAAGGUUGUACAGUUGAACAAGUCCAGUUAUUUGCUAGACAUGGGGCUAGAUAUCCAACCGAAUCCUCUCUGGGUGAGAUGCUCGCCGUUUUGGAGAAGAUUAGAGCUUUGAAUGUUACAAUUGAAGGUCCAUUAUCAUGGUUGAAUGAUUAUGAAUUUUUCGCACUUGAUGAACAAUAUUACGGUUUAGAAACAACCCCUCAAAAUUCAGUCGGUCCUUACAGUGGUUUAGAAGAUGCUUACAAUCUUGGUUUCAACUUCAGAUCAAAGUAUAAACAUUUAUAUGAAUCAGGUCAAGUCUUUCCAGUUUUUACUUCGAAUGGUGAAAGAGUUUACGAAACAGCUGAAAAUUUUGCCCGCGGCUUUUUAAAUGAAGAAUAUUCAAGCGAAACUGUUAAAUAUAAUAUCUUUGCUGAAGCAUUAGAAGCUGGUUUGAAUUCAGCAACUGUGUUAGAUGCUUGCCCAGCUUAUACUGAGGAUGAAUUUGAAGAAGCUAUUGCUCAAGUUGACACUACUUGGAUCAUCGAUUUAGGAAAAAGGUUAUUAGCCGCACAUCCUGAAAUUGAAUUAGAUGUUGACGAGGUUUUGAUUUUAUUUGAUUGGUGUUCAUAUGAAACUAAUGUUAGAGGUUCAUCUCAAAUGUGUAAUGUGUUUACAAGCGAAGAUUUCAUUAGAUACAAUUAUUAUGAUGAUAUUGAACAAUAUUAUACAGCAUCAUAUGGAAAUUCAAUGAGUAAAACAAUUGGUUCAGUUCCAGUAUUGGCAGGUCUUAAAUUGUUUAAAGAAAAGAAUAAUACUAAUAAGAUUUGGGUCCAAUUUACUCAUAGUACUGAUGUUGAUUUGUAUGCUGCUGCACUUGGACUUUUUGAACCAGAAGCACAUUUACCAUUGGACAGAAUCGUCUUCGACAGAUCUUAUUCACACGGUAACUUAGUCCCAAUGGGUGCGAGAUACACCGCAGAGCUCCUUCGUGAUUGUAAUGGUCAAAAAUACGUUAGACAUAUUGUAAAUGAUGCUGUUAUUCCAUUGAAAACUUGUUAUAGCGGUCCAGGUUUCUCAUGUCCACUUGAAGAUUAUGAAGCAUACCUUAUGGAAAGAUUAGGCGAUAAGAAUUUCAUUGAAGAAUGUGAAACUCCAGCUGAUGUACCUCAAGAAUUGACAUUUUUCUGGGAUUGGGAAACUACUGAAUACUGGGCUGAAUUAGAAGUUUAG